CCACGAAACUCGUACUCCCUCAGUGUGGGCCCUUGUGUUGAAAUGACAUUCAACGCGCAUCUUUUCCUUUACUGGUUUGAAAAAAGUACAGAGAAUAUUGAAAAGAAAACUGAACUUUUUUCAGAGAAAAAAGUCUUUGAAACCUGGCUUUCAAACAGGAGCUCUUUUAAUCACACAUGAAAUAGUUCAUCCUGCCUGGCCGUUAUUGUUGUGUUUCGUCAUCAGAGAUUUGGGAUGCUGUCGCUUGAUCGCCAAAAUCAAAAUGUUCCGUUUGUUCCCUCUCGUGGCCUUGGCUUUCAUCGCAAAUACCGCCAAUGCUGAGCUCAUACCUGCAAGCAGCGAUCCAUGCCAACUCGACAGACUGCAAGUGAAAUUCGGGGAUGUGCGUUAUUCUUGCGGCAAGCAGGUGGCGUUGGACACGUUCACCAACGGCGACGCCAAAUCUGUGCGUGUAGACGUGACCCUGGAUGGUCGCUUUAGCGAGGAAAACAAGAUUUACACGCUGGUGAUGGUAGAUCCUGAUGCCCCAUCCACAUUGCCGUCCUACUGGGUACACUGGCUAGUCACUAACAUCGCGGAGGAAGAUUUUGCUCAUGGAUACCACAGCAACACGAAUUCUGAAAAUGAGAUACUUGGCUAUAAACCCCCCAGCCCACCGAGCGGCAAGCCACAUCGCUACCAGUUUUUCACUUUCAAACAACCGAAACAGUUUGGCAGUGGUGAGAUCAAGGCCCCCAACAGAGGCGGAUUUGACCUGGCAUCAUUCCAAUCACGGUACAACCUGGUUGGACCGAUUGCCGGCUACCAAAUUCUGACCGAAAGGAUGUAGAGAUUCUUUCCAAGAAAAUUGCAACAGGCCAGUUUAUUCACCAAUAUUGAUAGCUCCGUUCCUGAACAUGGUACACUGCUGUAUGCCUGAAUCAACGGGAAUCAAGUUUUGCCCAGAGUGUGGACAGUUGGACAGCUCUAUUGUUAGGUUUUUGCUUGAAGACAAGUGUCGAGCAAAAAAUUUGUUUCCCUGUCACUGAUUGGUCAGCGCCAAAGCAACAGCAGUGUGCUGCUACCGGUACAUUCCACGCCACUAUAUGGAUGAGACUCGCCAGUUUUCCUUUGGAUGGUUAAUCUUGUUUUCUGGCAGAUUAAUUCCAGCUUCCCACUCAUGUUUGUGGAAUGCAAUUGCUGGUAAAAUGCAGUACAUGUACAUGUAUGUCUGCACAGUGUGUUUGCACGGCCCACUCAUGUAGAGACACCUUGCAUGCAUUUUAUCUGUGUUCCAGUCCUAGCUCCAUUGGGAGUGUGGGUAAUGAUUAAUUACAAUAUAUUUAUUGAUGUUUUCAGUCGUUCUUGUAACUGAAUUGAAUUUUCUUGUUUUCUUGCCAAGUCUUGGUUAUUUUAUAGUUCUUUUUUGUCAAUUGCUCUGCUGCUCCAAUAUUUAUUCAGCCGAUUGAUUUCAAUAUAUUGAUGUAUUUAUUAAUAGGAUCAUUUUAAAUUUA